CCAUUUUCCUCUUCUUAUAUCCGUUGUAUUAACAAGAAAACAGUAAAUAUAUAUUCAAAUAAACCGAAAAAGAUCGAUAAUGGCGAAAAAGCUUGUCGCAAUGUUCGUGAUGUGUAUGAUCGUAGCAGCAGCAAUGCAGCUACCAAUUGUUGACGCAAAAGUUUCACCAGAUGUUUACAAAAAUUGUUUUACUGGCUGCAAGAAAGAAUGCAUGGACGGUGGCCGUUCUUCGUCUGAUUGCGAAAUGAAGUGUGACCAAGACUGUGCACUGAAGGAAGCUGAGACUAAUAUGGGCCUUGAGGUGAGUCACUAAUGUGAAGCGAAGGAUGCAGCUCUCCUCGGAAUAUAUUUUGUAAGAAGGAAAAACAAUUGUAAUAAAAUAAGUUGAGAGUUGCUUUUUUCUGCAAUUAUAAUAAAAUGACCUAAUUAAAAGGUUUGACAUGUAAAUCUCUUAUAUUAGGUUUGACAUGUAAAUCUCUUAUAUUUUAAAUUUAUGAAACACUAAUCAAUUUUUUGUAUUAA